CUUCUCUCCUCUGUAUUAAAUCUAUAAAAUUAAACCCAGAAUUUUUUUUUUUUUCCAUUAAAUUAAAAAAUAAAUUACAAAAUUUGACUCAUGCUUUUUGUUACUGUACAAUUAAUAAUUACGAUGAACAGAAAUAUCUGUGAUGGCGCAUUUUAAGCGACGCCAUUAAAGCUGCCUCAUCACCUUCCAACACUUCUCACUACUCUGUUUUUUUUUUCUCCUUUACCGCAUCUCCCCAUUUUUUUUUCCGAUCAGGAGUGACCGAAACCUGUUUGCGUAAUUGCCGAAACGAAAGAAAAAAAAAAAUGCUUACAUGCAUAGCGCGUUCGAAGCAAGGUGGGGGUGAUGAAUCGCCGUCCAUCGAUCAUAAUCACCACCACCACCACUCUGUUGAAAAGAUCAGCAACUCCGACGGCGGCGUACCUACUAAGCAGGCCGUUAGAACCCUCACUUCUCAGAUCAAGGAUAUGGCGCUGAAGGCGUCGGGUGCGUACCGCCACUGCGCGCCGUGCGCGAAUCAGCCGGCCGCGCAGCCGCGAAGAAACGGUAGCAUCAACGGCGGCGGCGAGCCGGAAUCGGUGGCGCCGGAUAAGUUCCGGUGGUCGUACAGGCGGACGGGGAGCACGAACUCGGCGGGGAGGAGGGAGCUGGAGGCGAGGCUGAAGGGAAUAUCCAGCGGCGAGGGGACGCCGGCGUCGGCGAGUGGCCGCCGAAUCGACCCGGUCGUGUUCGUGGAGGAGAGUGAGCCCAAGGAGUGGGUGGCUCAGGUGGAACCCGGCGUCUUAAUUACCUUUUUGUCCCUGCCACGUGGCGGCAACGAUCUUAAGCGCAUUCGAUUCAGUCGAGAAAUGUUCAAUAAAUGGCAAGCACAGAGAUGGUGGGCCGAGAAUUCCGAAAGGGUGAUGGAACUGUACAACGUGCAGAGGCUAAACCUGCAAGCGUUCCCUAUCCCAACAACUCCAAGAUCCGAAGAUACCGAAAGCAUCACAAGCUCGAAGAUGGAAUCAGUCCAAGACAGCCCGGUCACACCGCCACUUGGCAGGGAGCCGCCACUUCGUACCUUAAUUAACCGGCCGAUGGGAUAUUCCUCGUCGGAUUCCUUGGACCUCCAAUCCAUGCACUCGCAUUCAGCCUCGACUCCUAAACUGUCGAGCAUCUGUGGUGGAAAGACGGAAACUUCGUCUUCGAUGGACGCUUCGGAUCGAUCCGGAGAAAUAUCGAUAAGCAAUGCCAGCGAUUUGGAAUCUGAAUGGGUCGAACAGGAUGAGCCCGGUGUGUAUAUUACUGUCAGAGCUUUGCCAGAUGGCAGAAGAGAACUUAGGCGUGUCAGAUUCAGCAGGGAGAAAUUUGGGGAGAUACAUGCUAAAUUAUGGUGGGAAGAAAAUAAAGCAAGGAUACAUAAACAGUACUUGUGAUUGCAGAAAGUCACAAAUUUUGUGACAGAGAGAAAGCCUUUUGGGGUUUAUUUUGUUUAUCUUUAUCUUUUUUUAUGGUGUUUUUUAAUCACAUGUAAUUGUGGCAUAUUAUGGGGAUUUUAAUAUUAUCUAUAUGUAUGUGAUAUAUUUCCUCUAGAA